AUGGAGCCUCCACUAAGCAAGUUGGAGACCAUAAUGAGUGAUCAUGCAUCGGUCUUCGCGGACUCUGGAGAAGGGCACAAGGGACCCCCCGUUGGGAUAGAGUUACGGUACGAUGCGGUGCCACAGUUUCGAAAUGCUCGCCCAGUACCUUUUGCAUUGCGAAAAGCAGUGGAGCAUGAGCUCAAGGACUGGGAAACUCAUGGCUUCAUAUCACCAGUGCAGCAUUCAGACUGGGCAACACCGGUUGUCAUCGUCCGUAAGAAAGACGGUGGCAUUAGGUUGUGCGGAGACUAUAAAACGACCGUCAAUGCUGCGUCUAAGAAGGCAUCGCUUCCUUUGCCCUCUGCAAGUGAAAUCCUGGCUAACUUGCAGGGAGGAACAGUUUUUUCAACCCUGGAUCUCGCACAAGCCUAUCAGCAGCUCCGCGUAACUCCAGAAACGGCCCAGAUUUUGACUAUCAACACGUUGAAAGGACUGUAUGCUGUACAUCGACUUCCUUUUGGCGUGUCCACAGCGCCGGCAAUUUUUCAAAGGUACAUGGAGAUUGUUCUUGCCGGAAUUCCUGGAACCAGUGUGUAUCUCGAUGACGUGAUCAUUACUAGAAACACCCGAGUGGAACACGAUUUGAGACUCAAGGAAGUUCUUGAACGACUGAAAACGGCUAAUCUGCGGCUAAAAAAAUCCAAGUGUCGGUUCGCUGUUGAUGAAGUCUCUUACCAACGGCAUCGGAUAAAUGCUGAAGGUGUCCACACGACACAGGAGAAAGUUCAGGUCCUCCUAGACGCACCAGAACCAACGUCGAAAACGGAGCUUCAGUCGUUUCUUGGGUUACUGACUUUCUACGAGAAGUUUUUACCGAACAUGGCUUCGGUAGCCAUUGACCUUUACGAGCUCCUCGCGAAAGACAAAGUUUGGAAGUGGGAGAUAAAGCACAGAGAAGCCUAUGCAAGACUGAAGAAUCUAGAAGGGCUGGCUGUGGUGUUCGCCGUUGCCAAGUUCCACCAGUACGUUGCAGGUCGUCAUGUUACGAUAUUGACGGACCACAAGCCCUUGCUUGGUAUCCUUGGAAGCCAUAAGCCGAUUCCUCAAGUCCUCUCCCCGCGCAUGACUAGAUGGUGCUUACGGUUGGCAGCUUAUGACUACGACUUGGUGUAUCGUAAGGGACCGGAAAACCAGAAUGCUGACUGCAUGAGUCGGCUGCCGCUUCAAGGUAGAACAGAUGAGCCCUAUCCACCGGCAGACGUACUUCUCUUGGAAGGGUUUAAGAACCCCCCUCUUACGAUGGAAGAGCUACGCCAAGGUACACAAGAGGAUGCCAUCCUGUCAGUGGUAUUCAAAGCUGUGCAGUCAGGCGACUUCAGCCGAAUUCAAGGUGACAAGUUCAAGCCGUUUGCUCGACUUGCGUCGGAGCUAUCUAUACAUGAACGUUGUCUGGUCACGGGAACUAGGGUGGUAGUACCUCCUGUUGCACGGCAGAAGGCGUUAGAGUUUAUCCACGCUGGUCACCGAGGGAUGGUUGCCGCUAAAGCAUGUGCGAGGAGUUACAUGUGGUGGCCGAGAAUUGACUCCGACAUUGAGAACAGAGUGCGUGACUGCAAUAUCUGCAAAGAGAGCCGUCGCCUACCCCCCAGGAUUCCUUCAUCGCCUUUUGAACGUGCUUCACGUCCAUGGCAAGUGAUCCACUUGGACUGUGCAGGCCCAUGUGAACGGCACAUGUUGCUGGUCAUCGUGGGCGCCUAUACCAAGUGGCUGGAAUGCCCCCUAUCACCCCUCAACGACACGGGCAAGCUGAAAGGAUGGUUGCGGAGGUCAAGACAGGCCUCAAAAAAGGAACAGAAGGUUCCAUGGAGUGUAGGCUACUAUAAAUUCAUCAACAGUGGGGCUCCAGACUGGAUUCCCAGAACUUUAUUGAAACGACUCGGACCACGUUCAUGGCUAAUCGACAUGGAUUCUGGGAAACAACGCAGACACUUGGACCAUAUCCGUCGUUGCGUGCCAAGUUCGGUGACAUCUCCGUACAAUCCGUUAGAACGUGUGCUGCCCCAUACCACUUGGAGUUCACCUCGAGUGCCCACCCCUGACCAGGAAGAUGUGCAACAGGGUGAACGACCGGUUCCACCCGCUCAGAGUGUCCACUCCGAUUCGCAAGUGACUUAUUUGGAUCCAAGCCGGUUUGUCCGAGAACGUCGUCGACCCUUCUGGCAGAAGGACUAUGUUAUUGGCUAA